CCAACCUAGCGAAUGUUACCCGGCACCAUAAAACGGCCGGGCCGGUCUCAUCUCCCACCGUCGUACACUGCUCUCUCUCCUUCAGACAUUCCAAUCGAACUAUUGCUAUGGCUCUCCGCGCCAUCGCCGGCAAGAAAACCCUAACACUAGGGCUAGGGUUUGGGCCCCGUGGAGCCGUCGCCGCCUCCUGCCCAGGGCUGGGUUUGCGGCUCCGCCACGUUCGGGGCCUCGUGACCUUCUCGCUGCCGGACCUCCCCUACGACUACGGCGCCCUCGAGCCCGCCAUCAGCGGCGAGAUCAUGCAGCUCCACCACCAGAAGCACCACCAGACGUACAUCACAAACUACAACAAGGCCCUCGAGCAGCUCGAGGAGGCCAUGGCCAAGGGAGACUCCUCCAAGGUCGUCCACCUCCAGAGCGCCAUCAAGUUCAAUGGCGGAGGUCAUAUCAACCACUCAAUCUUCUGGCAAAAUCUUAAGCCUGCUAAUGAGGGUGGUGGUGAGCCUCCACAUGGGUCACUUGGUUGGGCAAUUGAUACGGACUAUGGUUCAGUGGAGGCAUUGGUGCAAAAGAUGAACGCAGAAGGUGCCGCAUUGCAGGGAUCUGGAUGGGUGUGGCUUGCUCUGGAUAAGGAAAUGAAAAAACUUAAGGUUGAAACUACUGCAAAUCAGGAUCCACUUGUGACUAAGGGAGCAAAUUUGGUUCCUUUGCUUGGUAUAGAUGUGUGGGAACAUGCAUACUACCUGCAGUACAAAAAUGUGAGACCAGACUAUUUAAAGAACGUGUGGAAGGUCAUGAACUGGAAAUAUGCCAGUGAAGUCUACGAGAAAGAGGUUGCUUAAUGUGAGCUUUUUGUACUGUAAUGUGAGCUUUCAUGUGAAGUUCCUAUCUUUGGUGUUUACCAUGAGUACACUUUUGUUCAUGUAUUGAACAAGAUGGACCUUUCCCUGAAUGGAUGCUUGUUUACUUUUAUAUCCCUUGGAGGAAGCAGCAUCGACUGCCAACGCCGUUGGCCUGCGCGCUCUCUUUCUAGCUCGAACAGCUAUUUAUAUGUUAAGUUUGCAACUGUCAUGCCUGUACAUAUUAAGAAUUUUUAUCUUUUUAAGC